AUGCGUUAUUUUGGCCAAGAUGUCAUGCCUGAAUACGUCAACCUCGUCUUCCUCAAAAACAGGUGUCUAACAAACAUUGCCAGCAGCUACAGCCGGCAUACUCGGACCAUCGUCGGUGCCGCGCCGCAGCUCAUCAGCUUUUUGUCGGCGCCUAACCCGGCUCUUCAAGAGCAGGCGCUGUGGGCUCUCGGCAACAUCGCGGGCGACAGCGACGACUUGAGGAGGAUGCUGCGGGCCAACGGGGCGCUGCUGCCCAUGUUCCGCUUGCUGCAGAAUCCACCGCUGAUCGAGAUUGCACGAACAGCGGCGUGGGCGAUAUCCAACCUCGUCCGCGGAGACGAGACUCCCGGCGAGCCCUUCGUGCAGGCGGCGCCAACGUUUGUGGCGUCCCUCAGGGGCGGCGUCCACUUCUCUGCCGCAGCAGCAGCGGCGGCGGCAUCUGGGGCGGGAACGGGAGCUGGUGCACCGCCGUUUAUGCCUCUUCGGGAUGAAGCCCUCCGGGUGGAGGCGGCGUGGAUCCUGGCGUUUUUGACCGCCAAGGAGGAGGAGACGGUGACAGAGAUGGUUCGAGUCGGCAUGGUGCCCGCUCUCGUUGAGGCGCUCGUAGACAGCGGGGGUCAGGACCCUCUCUGCACGCCGGCGUUACGUUCCCUGGGAAACAUGGUCAGCGGCAAGGAGGAGUGGGCGGAUGCGGUCAUGCUCCACAAGGAGUUCCUGCCUUGUUUGGACGCGGUGCUUAAGAGCCAGGACCGGUCGCGGAGAGUUCUUGUAAAGGAGGCCGCCUGGGUGGCAUCCAAUGUCGCGGCGGGGCGGCAAGAGCACCGGGAGGCACUGGUAGCUCAGGGCUCGCCGGCGGCUUUGACUCUGCUCUUGCUUUCGGACCAGCUGGACCUUCAGCAGGAGGCGGCACACGGGAUCUGGAACAUAGUGGCGCACGACUCGGAGCUGCUGCUGCAGGCGGCGAGGGACGACAGAGUGAUGGGCGCGUACGUUGCGCUGGUGCGCGCGCAGUCGCCACCGGUAGUUAGGUGUGCGCUUUCGUUUCUGCGAUUGGUGUGCCAGAACGUUCCCGGUGGUCCUCGGAUGGUGGAAUCAGCCGGUGGCUUGGAGGCCAUCGACGACGUGCACUACUCCGGACAGGCUGAUCCAGAGCUUCAAGAAGCCGCCGGGGCGAUCGUCGACAGGUUCUUCGGAGAGGACGGCUACGAGUCUUCGGACGAAGGGGGAGACGAGGAAACGGACACUGAAACCGUCGUCGGUGGCGGCGACGGUUUCGGCUUCAACUUCGGCGGCAGCGGCGAUACGUCGCAAUUUAAUGCCAGAGGCCCUCCCGGACAGCAGCAGCAGCAACAACAACCGUUGGCACCGUUAGGAAGAGGUGCCCACUUGACGAGACCAUCAUGGAUGAACCAAAACCCAUCUUGAGGGGAACGAUGUUUGUCCGUAAUUUCUCGUACGCCCCCCCCCCACGGCGGUGCACCGUUCAGAAACGAUGCAUCAAAGCGCCAUUCAGUUAUAGGUAGAUGUUUUUUUGUACCCUCUCGCUGAGAAACAUAGAUGGGGGGGGGUGGGGGUGUACUCANCGCAUCCCUACAAAGCCGGGACGGAGCACGCCGGGUUCUCACCGGACCAGGCUCUCACAUCACCAAGCGCGAAGCGCCGUGAGAUAUUCGGCGAGUCGCAUGAAGGGUGCGCUGCAUCCUGCUAAGGGUGUUCGGCAUACAAGCUUAAAGCUAACUUCCUUGCGUACGGAUGACAGCUGCGUAUGACUUAAUUUACUUUCUGUUGCAUUCACUUCCAGAGACAGUUGUAACUGCCUCGAGGGUGCUUGACCAUUUUGACGCAACGUGAUGCGAUCAUCCCCCUUGCGCGGAGUGAGGGUUCUCGACCCCGCACAACAUGAUCCACUCGACCACCAUUAUGGUUACCGCCAUAAAAAAAGGGCUUCACCCAAGAGGUGGGGAAAGACGAAGGUGGUGAUUUGAUUUGUUCGUAUGUACUUCCUAGCCUAGUCGGCACGUUCCUUGACAAGAACGAUCAUUAUCAAUGGAUGUGGGCGAGAGUGUGUGAAAUGUUGUAAACCUGUUUCAUAAGACAUGCGUAUAUCCUCCUCGAUUGGAUGCUGGACCUGUUUGCUUGCUUUUAGGGGGUAAAUCCGAGUUUUCGAAAUGAGUUCUUGGCGAUCUUCAAGAAAGGGCGGUGUUGUACAUGUACUUGCAGUAGUUUUUUUGUGCAUCUGGAUCUUGUGAGAGAGGGCACAUAAGGAUGCGUAGGGGUGCGCGGAAGUUUCCGACGUGUGUGAAUGUCCUGUGGCAGUUUGUGGUGACGACGAAUUGGGGAGGAAAAUGGAGAGUGGCAGACUAACGCCCCUCGCCGUGAAAUGGAAGGAAGAAGAAGAGCAGGUAUCGCACUGCUUUCAUCAAGCGACGACCUCUCCAAAAGGGACCGGGAGUGUUUGAAGGGCUGCAUAUCGGGAGUUUCUUCAACGCGGCGUUGGGAUGAGUAUUUGCCGCUGCUGUUCUGUUUGGAAGUUUGAAUCAUGGAUAUCCUGCAAAGUUUCGGUGUGGUCCAUCACUUCGGUUGCGUACGUGACACUUAAAAUAUUUCGUGAAAUGUAGUAAAAGUAGCAAAUGAACUUGUUGUAGUCUAGACGUGCCUGCAACAAGAACGAAAACGUGG